AUGGUUGAAACCUAUAACCCUCUUUGUGACACUGGUCCUCCUUCUCUCCUUGGACCCCCUCGGAUGACCACCUCUUUUGAGUUUGCAUGUGCUUGCUGUGUCCUGCUCACCAAGGAGCCCCUAAUACACAGAGCGACCACGGUGCCUCGGCUGCUUCUGCUCCUGCUGCUUCCGCUGCUGUGGGCCCUGAUCGGGGUCCGGGCGGACCCGGAUGAAGACCUCAGCCACCCGAACAAGGAGCCCCCGGCGCCCGCCCAGCAGCUGCAGCCCCAGCCCGUGGCCGGGCAGGGCCCGGAUCCCGCCCGAGCUGAGAAAGGAUUUACACCAGCAGCUCCAGUUCAUACAAAUAAAGAAGAUCCAUCUGCCCAAACGAAUCUGGGCUUUAUCCACGCAUUUGUCACUGCCAUAUCAGUCAUCAUUGUGUCUGAGUUGGGUGACAAGACAUUCUUCAUCGCUGCCAUCAUGGCUAUGCGCUGUAACCGCCUGACCGUUAUGGCUGGAGCCAUGCUCGCCUUGGCCCUGAUGACCUGCCUAUGGGUUUUGUUUGGCUAUGCUACCACAGUCAUCCCCCGGGUGUAUACAUACUAUGUUUCAACUGCGUUAUUUGCCAUUUUUGGCAUUCGAAUGCUGCGGGAAGGCUUAAAGAUGAGUCCAAAUGAGGGUCAAGAGGAACUGGAAGAAGUUCAAGCAGAGUUAAAGAAGAAAGAUGAAGAAUUUCAACGAACUAAACUUUUGAAUGGACCAGGAGAUGUUGAAACGGGUACAAGCACAACAAUACCUCAGAAAAAGUGGUUACAUUUCAUUUCACCCAUUUUUGUUCAAGCUCUUACAUUAACAUUUCUAGCAGAAUGGGGAGAUCGCUCUCAACUCACUACAAUUGUUUUGGCAGCUAGAGAGGACCCCUAUGGUGUAGCAGUUGGGGGAACAGUAGGACAUUGCUUGUGCACAGGAUUGGCAGUCAUUGGAGGAAGAAUGAUAGCACAAAAAAUCUCUGUCCGAACUGUGAUAAUCAUAGGAGGCAUCAUGUUUUUGGCAUUUGCAUUUUCUGCACUAUUUAUAAGUCCUGAUGCUGGUUUUUAACAAGCUAUUUGUUCGUCUGGAUUUAGCUUGAGAUAGGUAACUCUUGUCUUUCUGUACAUAGUGUACUUAAACUAAAAGUAAUGGAAAAUACUGUAUUUUGUAUCACUGAUUUGUGAGUUUGACCCAUUUAAUGAAAGUAUUAUGUCCAAAAGAGAUAAUCAUUGAUUCUAUUUGUAAAAUGGAGUUUUAAAAGAAACUUAACUUCGAAGUGUGGAUUCUCCUGAAGUAAAAUUAUGUUAACUGUUAGCUCCCCAUUUGUAUUUUGGUAUA